CGCUUUGUUUCACAGCACGUUUUAUAGUUUUUCAACAGUCACCAAUGUCCUAGCGUUAGUUAUAUCGCUUCUCUGGAAUAUUAAGCGAAUUUCAGCCUCUAAGUAUUUGUUUAUCACAAGGGGAAAUACGUUUACGUUAAUAUUGUAAUACAACAACAAAAGAUAUGUGGACAUGCUGGAUCUUAUUAUAUUUCUGGAAUUCCGCCAAUUUACGACUUACUUAAGUCUGCCACUAUUUUUGUUUUUACUAAUACAAUAUUCUUACGAGGUGACAGAGAUUAACGGAUGCCGCCAAACUAAUUUUCAGUGAAAAUGCAGCGCAUAUUAAGUGUGGAAGCUAGCCGGAACACCAACAAUUCCAUUUCCGAAUAUGUUACUAAACGUCUAUGCUGCAGCGUAGUUCUUACAGUGACUUUCUUCGGAUUUCUUGGAGGUUUUCUACUGGGUAAAUUCAUAGCUGAACGUUCAAAUAUGCAGUUACAAACCGACUUUCAGGAGUUAUCAAGAAAAGUUAGCAUGUUAAAUAACAACUUACAAAAGACAUUCCCUCUUGGAUUCAAUGAAACGUUGUCCCAAUGCAGCCAAUAUAUUUUUUUUAAAUGUAAUUUUUUACAAAUAGGAAAAAACGACACAGGGCAACUUUUAGCAGCAGAUUAUUUAAAAACGCUCAACAGCUGUUUUGGUAAUAGUUAAUGUUUUUUAUGGUAUUUAACUUAAUAAAAUAUUUUUUUACUACAGAA